AUGCCUCAAUAUCGCAUUGAAAUUUCACCCAACAACCGGGCGCUCUGCAAAGACACUGUCUGCAAGGAGGAAAAGGUAAAGAUCCUCAAGGGUGAGAUUCGCUUCGGCAGUUGGGUGGAAAUUCAAGACCAUGGGGGCUGGGCUUGGAAACACUGGGGAUGUGUCUCUGGAGCGCAGCUGCUCAAUCUCCAAGAGACAUGUGAUACUGGCGAUGGCAAAUAUGACUUUGAUGCCAUUGAUGGAUACGAUGAAUUGAGCGACCCAGAAGUUCAAGAAAAGGUCCGCCGAUGCGUGAAGCAAGGCUUUAUUGAUCCUGAAGACUUCAAAGGUGAUCCUGAGAAGAACAAGCUAGGCGAGAAGGGCAUUCACCUGACUGCUAAGCAGAAGGCAGCCAAAGAAAAAGCCGCCGCUGAGGCUGCCGGAGAUGAAGAGGCCUCCGAAGAUGCUAAACCAGCGAAAAAGACGGCCAAGCGCGGUCGCAAGAAGGACGCCGACGAUGACGAAGACAAUGAGCCCAAGGCCAAAAAGCCCAAGUCAGCAAAGCCCGCCAAAUCAUCAAAAGGUGAUAAAGCUACUCCCGCAAAGGCUUCCCGCGGCAGGAAAGCAGCUGUAAAGAAUGAGAGUGAUGAUGAGGAGGAGGAGGAGGAGGAGGAGGAGGAGGAGGAGGAGGAGGAGGAGGAGGAGGAGGAGGAGGAGGAGGAGGAGGAGGAGGAGGAGGAGGAGGAGGAGGAGCCAGUGUCUACAAAGAAAUCCAAGUUUGCUUCCACCAAGACUUCACGAGGCAAGAAGGCAGCCGUCAAGGACGAGAGUGAAGAGGAGGAGGAGGCACCUGUGUCGGCUAAGAAGUCCAAGGCUGCACCGAAGACCACCAAAACUGCUGACGCCAAGGCGACAGGAAAGUCAAGUCGUAAAUCAGGGGCGAGGGUGAUGGCUGAUGAGCCGGCUGAUGAGAAGCUUGCUCCAAAGGCAAAGGGACGUCGAACCAGUCGCUCAAGCAAGGCUUAA